CUUUUCGGAUCUACGCCCACAACAUCUGAAAGACCUCCUAGGCGGCCCGCAAGCCGAAGAAAGCGAGUUGUGCUGUGUUCUGGCUGAUUUUGUUAAUCAUGUUUUGCAGAGAGGCGUUCCAGAGGACAUUAGACCGUUUUUCUUUGGAGCAAGGCUAAUCCCCCUUGCCAAAAAAGACGGAGGAAUUCGGCCAAUUGCAGUUGGGGAAACGUUUCGCCGUUUGGUCUCUAAAAUAAUAACCCAGCGUUGUUCUGACAAGAUGAAGGAGUUAUGCGGCACUGUGCAGUAUGGCUGUGGCACGAAAGGCGGAGCCGAAGCAAUUAUCCACGGGGUCCGCUCGUACCUGGAAGCUACACACGACGGAGAGCGAGUACUGGUAAAGCUGGAUUUUAAAAACGCAUUUAACCUUUUGAGACGAGACGCGUUAUUGGAAGCCGUAAGACAGCAUUUUCCCAGUUAUUACGGCUAUUUCUGGCAAUCUUAUCGUUACGCGAGCCAUUUGGUUUGUGGGGAAGAAGUCUUGUCGUCCGCCCGGGGGGUGCAGCAGGGCGAUCCAAGUGGCCCCUUCGGCUACAGCCUCACAUCGCUACCGCUCUUCGAUGGACUGGAUUGCGAGCUGUUUCUGGGCUUUCUUGAUGAUGUUACUCUGGCCGGUACCAUGGAGAAAGUGAUCGCCGCGAUAAAAAAUAUUGAAGAAAAAGGGAAGAAGAUGGGCCUUGAAUUGAAUUUCAACAAAUGCGAGUUCUACCUCAUCAAUUCAGCUGCGGAUGCGGGUUUAUACGGAAAAUACGGAAAAUUUGCCAUUGUAAGGGCGGGACGCCCCGCCCUCCUGAGUAGCUAUUCGCUGUUUCUGGGGAUUUCCCCCCCGCACCUUGCUGCGCUGUUUUGACGGACCUGCAGCACAGUUGCACUGGCUGCAGGAUCCUUCCUCAUUAGUUUUGGUGUUGCUGCGCCACGGUGCGCAUUAGAUUCGGCAAUAAAGCCUCAUCCGGGUUCACGCUGUUCGCUGUCGAGGAUACGCGUGGCGCCCAUAUGGCCCCGCGUUAUAUGGUAGCAGAUCGUUGGUUACGAGCCAGGCCGUGCACGCUGCCCGCGCGCACGGCUCCUCUGAUUAUUUGAGCCAAUUUAACCCCUGGGUGUGGAGCUACAAACGCCCCCCCAUUCUCGCGGAACGUGACGGAUUCCUCUCCCAACUGACGGAGAUGGACGCCUCCCCGCGACGACAUGCCUCCCAAACUGGACGGAGAUGCCGCGGAGCGAGAAACGCCUCCUGCGAUGCCGUGGAGCGAGAAUUGCCUCCUGCGAUGCCGACGGCGAACGCGACCCGGACCAGCGGGAAACCAUAACGGAUACACCGCCAACAGCAGCACCAACUCCGAUCCCAACGGCACGGAUCGACCACCAGCACCACGCCGAAGAAUUCCCCCACCAAAACACUGCCCGAACUUCCUGGGACGGCGACAUCCCCCCGGACGGAGCAGUGGAUUUCACCGCGGAUUUGCGUGCUUUGUUUUUUUGCAGGGGUCACCGGCCACAUAGACCCCAAACCCCUGCCCAAAUUUCCCCAGAACGUGACCUUUCCCUUGCUGAAGAAACUACGGAAUUCACCCGUUUCCGGGUUGGACCCUGGAUCUGGCGCGACAGUGCGUUGACCCAGACGGUUGACUCGGACCGAACCGGAGCCGACCUGACCCGGAACCCAACCUGAGCCGAACCGGAUUUGAGCCGACCAAACUGGAACCGAGCCGACCGGAUUAACCGCCCGAACCGGACCGAACUGACCCGGAACCCAACAUGAGCCGAACCGGCGGGGGGUGCGGAUCCUCCGAAUCCUGGGAGAUUUCGCUCCGAGGACGUAGCGAUGCCUGCAAAAGGGGUGUAAGGGCGGGACGCCCCGCCCUCCUGAGUAGCUAUUCGCUGUUUCUGGGGAUUUCCCCCCCGCACAUUGCUGCGCUGUUUUGACGGACCUGCAGCACAGUUGCACUGGCUGCAGGAUCCUUCCUCAUUAGUUUUGGUGUUGCUGCGCCACGGUGCGCAUUAGAUUCGGCAAUAAAGCCUCAUCCGGG